AAAACCACUGCCUUGUUUAUCAUCGCACGCAUCCUUCACAAUCGGACUCGGAAGACGCGCAAUGUUUCGUUCUUCCUUUUUAAGCUCUCCGGGUAAAUAUGGAGCUUAUAUUCGAAACUUUCAAAUUUGUUCAAGUCUACGUGCUGUGGCGGGUGCCACCCAAAAUCUUAACCAAUCUACUGAUGGUCCUAUUGUGAAGGCAGAAUCAAUGGCAAACCAAUAUGAACAAGAUGUAACUAAUUCCAUCGCAAGGUGGGCCAAAGCUGAGGAAACAUAUUAUGGCAAAGAACGUGAUUUCGCGAACUACCCAACUUUCAAACUCGCUCGUUGUCAUCCCAAAGUCAGAAUGGGUGUGUUUCCUGACUCUUGGUUUCAGCCGUUUUACAACAAAACCGGUGUCACUGGGCCAUAUAUGUUCAUGUUUGGUUCGUUCAUGUUUUUAAUCAACAAGGAGAUAUGGGUGUUCGAUGGUCACUUCUUGGAAUUUGUUGUGUUCUUGUCUAUGAGUACCAUGAUUAUCAAAAGAUUUGGCGCUCACGCUAGAAAGCUCGUAGAAAAAUGGACGGAAGAAGAUGAACAAUUGAUGUAUCAUCAACCUAUGAACAAAGUAAAAAGCUAUAUAGAUAAUACAAUAAAAACGUGCGAAAUGGAAGUGGAAAGAGCGGCCGCUGUUCCUGAACAUGUACGUGCUAAGGAAGAAAACAUUGCCUUACAACUUGAAGCUACUUACCGUGAACGCCUUCAAAGUGUAUACCGAACAGUGCAUCGCCGCUUAAUGGGUGGAAUGAUUACUAUUUAAUCACAGAAAACGUUCAGGAUGUACUGAUUACCUCGCUUCUUUUGUAAAAAUCAGAAAACGCGUUAAUAAUAAUUCAGAUCGAUGCCAUGAGGAAACCUGAACCUACAUAUCAGUAAAGGAACUGAUUUGCUGAUGUCGAGGAUUCGUUCGCAACAAUCUGCAAUCUCCAUUUGCAUAUGGUCAGUGUACGUAGUCUACAAAGCAGUCGAAAUUCAAUCAUCUUGUGUUGGAAUUAGUCAAAUUUUUUGGAAAUCACCUGAAAUAAGAAAACUGUUCAGCAUCAGUCGUCUAAACUAUUCACAUAUCAACCGAAAUAUUUCAGGAACUGGAAGCUUGACCAGUAGCGCUAGACAUUUUACUGACAAAGUGAAUAGACAGUCCCUGAAAUUACAUGUCACUGAGUUGACUGAUAUUGCGCUAUUUUAGGAAUAUAAUACGGUUUUUCAAUGAAGCGAGUAUAGCGACAUCAUUUUGAUGGACAAAUACUCAAAAACAAACCCGACGUUUACCCUACAUAAGAACGAUAAUUCACUUGAAAUUAGUUCAAACAACAUUUUUUGGGUGUCCAGAUGUCAACAGACUAUUCAAUAAUGCGAACACUAGGAACUCGUGCAAGCCUAACGCACUCAACCAACAUCGGGUACGGGAUAAAAGCUUCUAGGUGGGAGAAACGGAGGCCGUCUAAUACGGCAGUUAUAAGUGUAGGGGUAAAGAUACCGAAUGGUCUAUCAUGGGAAUGAAUUCACUUUUAGCCAACAUCAGCUUUUCUGGAGCCAGUCGGCGCACUUUCGAGAAUACAGGUGGGCAUGUAGUCGUGAUGUGUAACAUUGCUGGUUACAUACUUAAUUUCGGUCUUGUUUGGUAUAUUUCAGGGUACUAACCGAGUAUUUGUUGGUAGUAUGGCUCAAUCGUGUGCCUUAUUGUGACUGUAGAUAAACAUUAACCGGAAAAAGAAGUUACACAAACAGAUAAAUUAGUGUUUCCGUUUACUAACCUCCGUACGCGUGUCGAGUAAAUUAUGAUGUUGUAGCAGGUCUAUACCAACGAUUGGCAUAGAAAUAUCUGCGACAACGAAAAUCCAGUGGAUGGGUUUGCGUAAACCCACGUUAAGGUAAGCGCACUUUCUACCAUAUGGGUAACGCUUUUGAUCUUGCUACUCUAAACCUGUAAAUGUAAACAGUGGGGUUAUACAAGGAAGUGUGAUUGGUCCGUUACUCUUUCUCCUUUCUUUCAAUGACGUGUGUUCCCUCUUUCAGUAUGGUAAACCUUUCCUUUUUGCCGAAGACCUAAAAGUGGUUUAUUCAUUCUCUUCUCCCACCAAAGAAAGCUAUAUUUCAGCGUUAAUCCAGAAAGAAAUAAACAAGUUAUACGAAUGUACUGUUUCGUGAAAUUUGCAACUUAAUGUUGACAAAAGUGGAUUGAUUCACAUUGGCCACUGCCUUAACCCAAAUCUGGCUAUACACAAACAUACAUUGGAACCCCUCAACACUGUUCGUGACUUGGGCUUAAGACAUAGCAACAGUCUGAACUUUUCUGAGCACAUUGCAUCUCAAGUAUCAAAAGCUAGAAAGCUCAUCCGAUCUAUAAUGAUAAACUUCAAUAAUAUCGAAUCGAGAUUAUUAUUAUACAGAAGAUGUAUCUUACCCAUCAUUGAAUAUGGUAUUUUAGUUUACAGUAAUUGCAGACAUAAUGGCCUGAUUAAAAUCGAAGGUGUUCAAAGAAGGUUCAGAAAAGCUGUUCUGGGGUAUUCCGGCUACAAAGAUGUCAACAAUUCAAAUUAGACCCUCUAUGGAUCAGACGUAUCAAAUUAAACCUUGUCUUUAUCUGCCAGCUUAUUAACGGUAUUUCCUACUCUUCGGUAUCCACCCCUUCAUACUCUAUGAUAUCCCAUAAUCUACGCAAUAAGGAAAAUAUUCUAGCUACUCCAAGAACCCACACAAACCUACGCCAGAAUUUUUUCGUUAUUCGCUACUCAACUAUGUGGAACAGACUGCCAGUGAACCUCCGUUGCAGUGAAACUACAACGUGGUUCAGAAGUCUCCUUGAUGAUUUUCUUUCCGAAAGUGGAUUGUGUCACCUAUUAAAUAUCAAUGUGUUUAAUAAUGAUUUAUACAAACAAGGUCCGUCAUCCAUCUAAAUGACUGAAAAGCAAAAUGCAAUCUUUGGAACUUUUAACGUCUAUUUUACUUUAUUUUCUUUCUGUCCAUCUUAAUAUAUGAAGUCUGCUUAUGUUCGUAUAUACAAUUAUUACUGUUAUUGGUCCCUCGACACAUAAGAUAUUCUUUUUAUCUCCUCUUAUCCUUCUAAACAUAUGUAAUUCCUGAUUGUUGUUUGAAAUUAGUUGUGACUUUCAUAGCAUCAUUCUUAAUUAUAAUUGCACAAAUGUUUAUACUAAUAACCGGUUUCACUCUGUAUACUAUUACAUAAAUCUACAUGUAUUUAUCCGAGUGCACUAAAGAAUUCUUAUUUUAUUUUUCUAAAUUGUUGGUUUACUUUAGAGGUCGAUAUUCAUUACACAAUUAUUAUUAUCAUGGUUGAACCCUAUCACAAAGUGUUCAUUUCUUUUCUCUUUUUUCCUUUUAAAUAAAUAUUACGAAGUUUGUAAUUAAAACAAUAACUUGUGUUACCCUUAAAUUAACUUCUCAGACUCGUUUUAUCUUCACUAUGCAUAUAUGACUCAUACACAUUGACAUUUCAUUAUCCUUCUCACUUAAUUGAGACUUGCAUAGCAUCACUCCGAAUUAUGACUGCACAAACAUUUAUUCUAGCGUCGUAUCUUACUGCAAUAACAAGUUUUUUUUUCCUUAAUUAUUUUCUAUUUUAUUUUUGUUACUAAUUUGACGAUACAUACAUAGUCGUUUAUUCUUGUUCUAUGUUCAUAAACACGCCUAUUAAACUAUUUGCGUAUUUUACAUCUCUUUUAUUUCUAUUCCCUUAUUUUCUUCUUUUUCUUCUUUAAACUCAAUUCAAUAUUCUUCUCAAUUACAUAGAACCUGAUUUAUUAUUAUUCUAUCAUUACUACUGUCUUUUUUCAAAUAUGGCAAAUAUAAUGCUAACAUUAUUAAAACUUGUGUAUUAUUGCAUUUUUGAAGAAACCCGAAAUGGUUUCUUCACAACACUUAUGUACCCAUAAGAUGUUUGUGAAUAAUAAUAACUGUUGAAACUGAGUGGGGAGAAGAAUUUCGCAAAACUGGAUCUGUCAUAAGCUUAUCUACAGAUCCCAGUAGCCGAAGAGUGCAAGCAUUGCUUGAAAAUAAACACGCAUAAAGGUUUGUUCCGAUAUAACAGACUUCCUUUUGAAGUAAGGACCGCCCAUUCAAUCUUCCAACAAAUUGUGGACACUAUGUCACGAGAUGUUCCUGUUACUGCGUCGCAUCUGGAAGAUAUACUAGUCAUGGGUACAGACUGUGCUUAUUUAGAGAGGAAUGUGCAUAUGGUUCUCAAUCGCAUAGCAGAUUAUG